AUGACAUUUGUAAUGUCAUAUAACAAGACUACUGAGAGGAGACCUAAUGAUUUAAUUGAGAUGACGACCUGCACAGUUGAACCUUCGGUGGACUUUGUGAUUGAUUCUCGCAAUUUGUCGCAUGGUCCAGCAACAAAUCAUGUUUCAAGAAUUGCCAAUGGCACAAUGCUCAAUGACGAUAAUGACAAGAACCCAAGCUCUGCUAGCGCGAGUGCGAAAAGUCCGGAGAGUGAUUUUGUAGUUGAUCAGAAGCAGCCAAGUCCAUCUUGGACACCAAUUUCUGGAAGUGUUUCUGUAAAUGAAAACCACAAGAACUCUGAUAGUCAUUCAACACGCAGUACUGUCACACCCGAUUGUGCAUUUCUUCGGGUAUCUGACACUGAUGCACAGAUACAGUCAAUCAAAGUACAGCCACUGUUGAGGCAACAACCUAAACUGCUCAACAAGAAGGAAAGUGCAGCUAAAGGAGGUAUCACUCCAACUUCUGCUGCACAUACCAGUUCAAAUAGCAACAUGCCUCAUGCUGACAAGAAAGCUGAUGCCGAUCCCACUUCUGCUUCAGCUGCUAUGAAGGAGGCAAUGGAUUUUGCUGAAGCUACGUUAAAGGCUGCAAAGGAAUUGUUAGAGAGAAAAGGUGACAGUUUUAAAUUGCGGAAGAAGUCAUGUCACCAUAGAAGCACGAGGUCUACGGAAAUCAAGGCUCCUGUAUCGGUAGAGCUGGAUACAUCCGAACAAAAACUAUCAGUGAAAAAGUUAUCGGAAGAAGAAAAGAACCCUGAUGAUUCUUUGUCUGACAAGCAUAAAAGCCCAAGUGCAGUCAGGUUUGAUCAUGUUGAUGAUAAUGGAAACAGGGUACUUCCACUGAAGAAGCCUCAGCACAUGAUGCAAUGCUCCACUGAGUAUUGUGAAACCUCCAAUAAACUAGAGAAAUUAGGCGGCAAUGGCAAGCCGGGAGAUGUCCACUUGUUACGCACUGCGGCGGCCGCCGCCGCUGACGGUGGGUCGUCAUCCGUGGAGGGUGAUGGUGACGGUGGUUCGUCUAGCUGUGGUCCGUCAUCCGUAGAUGCGAUUUGAGGGUUUGGUUUGUCGAGAGCACGAAGAAGCGGCGAAUUUAUCACAAGAGCAGAGAGGGACCAUCGCCACGAGUUGGGCCGCUCCUCGGGCCUGGACUCAAGUGCCUUCCUUCAAAAGGCCCAACUGUAACCAGAG